GGGUAUCUGCACAGCAUCGGCAUCACCCACCGCGACCUGAAGCCCGAGAACCUGCUGCUGGAUGAUCGAGACAUGCUGAAGAUCUCGGCCUUCGGGCUGGCCACGGUGUUCCGGCACCAGGGCCGGGAGCGGCUGCUGACCAAGAUGUGCGGGACACUGCCCUACGUGCUGCCCUGGGACCAGCCCAGCGACGCUGAGGAAUACAGUGACUGGAAGGAACGCAAAACCUACCUCUCGCCCUGGAAGAAAAUUGAUUCUGCACCUUUGGCUUUGCUGCACAAAAUCCUGACGGAGAGCCCCACGGCGCGCAUCAGCAUCGCCGACAUCACCAAGGACCGGUGGUACUGCAGACCCCUCAAAAAGGGCGUCAAGCGUCCUCGCGGCUCCUCGGGCGGCAUCGGCGAUUCUCCCGGGGGUUUGUCCAAGCACGUGCGCUCCCAGACAGAUCUGUCGCCGGUGAAGAGCGCGCUGGGCGAGGAGCAGGUGAGCUACUCCACCUCUCAGCCGGAGCCUGGCACCGCAGGGACGCUCUGGGACAGCGGAGCCGCCGCCAUCGACAAACUGGUGCAGGGCAUCAGCUUCUCGCAGCCUGCCUGCCCCGAGCACAUGCUGCUCAACAGCCAGCUGCUGGGCACCCCGGGCUCCUCCCAGAGCCCGUGGCAGCGGCUGGUGAAGCGCAUGACGCGCUUUUUCACCAAACUGGACGCCGACGGCUCGUACCGUGCGCUGCAGGAGGUCUGCGAGAAGAUGGGCUAUGGCUGGAAGCAGAGUUGCACCAACCAGGUGACCAUCGCCACCACGGACCGGAGGAACAACCAGCUGAUCUUCAAGGUGAACCUGGUGGAGAUGGAGAGCAGGAUCCUGGUGGAUUUUCGGCUCUCCAAGGGCGAUGGCCUGGAGUUCAAGCGGCAUUUCCUGAAAAUCAAGGGCAAGCUCAGCAACAUCGUCAGCACCCAGAAGAUCUGGCUGCCCCCCACCUGA